UUCUUGUUGUUGAUCGUGCUUGCACUGAGAACACUUAUCAAUCGUCGGGCCAAAGCAACUCGCGAGCAAUUUGCACUUGCAACUCAAAUGAUAGUCAGAAAGUCGAGGAAUUGAUUCAGAUAUUCCUAUCGGUUUUCUCUGAAGUCAUAACGGUACCAUCGGGAACGCGAGCGUUGUCAAAAUUAAGGGACCGAGAAAGCGAACGUCUCUUCACAAUAUUAUUAAUAGACAUCGACUGUACCGAGGGUAUCAAUCGGGAUCUAUACACAAGACGUGAGUCGUUCAUGGUCAUGUCAGAUGGCGUUUCACUCCAGGAGAUUACGACGACAAGAGACACCCUGUAUGGGCUGGAACUAUUGAAACACAUAA